AUGCUAAAACCAGCCUACCAGAACACCACGAGUGAGGCGUUUUGGGAUAUUCCCAUCUAUGCAGAGCACAACGAAGUUAGAGCAAAUCGGAUUGACGCGCGACUUGUCAGCCACGAGAGAAAAGAAGUUUGCACAAUUGAAAUGAGCUCUCCAUGGAUUGAGAGUAGAGCCAAGAAAGAUGAGGAAAAGACACUCAAGUAUGGGCCCAUGGUGUUGGGGCUGAAGCAGAGGUACAAUGGUUACGGUGCUGAACAGUACAACGUAAUAAUUGACGGCUUUCUUCAUGGAAGAAUUCCCCAACGCAUGCCAUUGCUGGAGUACAAGAGCUUUACCAACAACUGUUACCUACCAAGGUUUGCUACAACAGGAAAACAAAAUCCCAAGUCACUGAUGAAAAAUGCCGCCCAUGCGGCGAUUCCCUGGAGAAUGUGCAGCACAUUCUAUCUGGCUGUAGUGGAAUGGCACAGACUAAGUACCUACAGAGACAUAACAAUGCUUUCAAGAUCUUAUUCUUUGAAGUCCUUCGAUCUUUAGAUCUCAUUACUAAAGGUGAACCGUGGUUCUCACAAGUCACACCCAAGCCGCUGUAUUAGAAUGAGCAUGCGACCGCCUUCUGGGACGUCCCAUUAUUCGGUGACACAACUCAAGUAAAAGCUAAUAGAAUUGACGCCACGAUCAUUGACAAGACCAUCAAGCAAGUCAGAGUGAUUGAAAUGAACUGUCCAUGGCUGGAAAAUAUAGAGUCUAAAGAUUUUGAGAAGACAACGAAGUACAGUCAACUGAGACUAGAGCUGACGAACCGAUAUCCUGAGUACAAGGUCAAUCAGUAUAACAUCCUCAUGGAUGUCCUUGCAGGCUGUUCGAAAGAGGUUGAGCAAAAUAUAAAAGAGCUUGUAGGAGACAAGGGUGAAUCAAUUAUGCACCAAAUACAAAAGGCAAUCCUGUCUAGUUCGUUACACAUUGCUACAAUGUUCAAGCUGAGCGGUUAGGUAUCUAUAGGAGUUUUGGACACCUACUUUAACAGAUACUUAAUCUUGCAUGUACAUAAUCGAAAUUUUAUUGACAUACCUUGGACGUUCUCAUAAUUUAAGGGACAGCUAUAUGAACUAUCGUAUUUAAUUUACGAACAUUUUUAUUUUAUAAUUGAGACGUUCAUGAAGCUUGUAGGUUUUUUUUAAAUUCAUUUAUUUUAUUUUUCUUUUAUGAAACUUUUAUCAAAUCAAUUUUACCCAGGUUUUUUUUCUUUGCGCAAAUUAUUGUGUAAUUGUUUCUACAAAUUUUAGUCGAUGCUGCGGCUGGUUACGGUUUGCCGCCCAGCCAAAGCUUUUAUUUUCUACUCUGGGCAUCCAGACGUUUGUACUGCCAUAAUAGAGAGUUUUAGAUCCGAGUUUACCGCGAACCUCUAACCGCUGGAGGUCACGUGACAAGUCUUUCGCGUAACGUUUGAGGUUUACGACGUUCGUUUUCAACGUGGGGAGGUAGGUUUUCACGUAUGUCAUUUACUUGGAAGCUUUUUUAGCGUAUAAUUCUCGUUUCAUCCCACGUAGUGAUUCAAAAGUCUUGUGAAGCAAGUCUUUAUCCAUUAACAGAGGCACAAAUUCGGGCGAAAUGCUAAAUUUUAUAAAUCCUAUUGGAUCUUGAAAACAAGUGCCAUUCAUGGCUGUUGAUUCAAAGUGGCGGCCGUAAUUUAAUCCACCGCCAAUCUAAAUCGAAUUAUGUUUGAACGUCGAACCGCAAACUGGUAACCGCAAACCGCGGUUAGAGGUUCGCGGUAAACUCGGAUCUAAAACUCUCUAAUAAUAAUGUUAUUUAUGUACUUCAGAUUCAGUUGGGGUAUCACUGACUAAGAAAUAAGGGAGGAUUUUCUCUUUUGUUAAGUACAUAAAAGUCACACUUGUAAGAUCAUAUGCCAAACUUUGGCGUAUUCAUAUUUUGCAAAGAAACUCGAGUGUUUCUACCAUAAGAUAAACUUUAUGACUGUUUUUUCUAGAUGUCUUCACAUGACAAUGUGGAAAAAGACUUGAAAAUCACUGACGUUCAAGAUGUUGGUGAACUUCGGAGUAAAAAGCUCGAUUCAAUAUUGAUGACUUUAGCAGCCAUGGAAGACAAAUUUACUAUGUCUUUUAGGGGAACAAAGGAUGCUGUCGAGGAUGUUUACAGUGAAAUUGAUAAGCGUAUCGACAAAUCCGAAGAAUUUGUGGAGGAAAUCCUCUGCAAAUUCACGAACCUUGAAAAUCACAUUAUUGACGAAGUACAUGGACGUCCUAGAAGGGGAUCAAUUUAUGAAAGCACUAAAGUCGCCUCCGUGAUGUCGGACUCUGUUUUAUUUCACGAUGUACAAAACUUGUGCGAACUAGACAAGACUGAAGAAACAAAGACCGAUAAGCUACUGAGAGAAAUAAAAGAUAAAAUAGACCAGCUCGAAACAAUGAUGGAUGAAAAAUUUAAUGAAGUAUCUAAGGCACUUCAAAAGACAAGAACAAAAUCCCUGAUACACGGUAAAAUACAAGAAAACCUAAGGAAAAAGGUUGAGACAAGAUUCCAUGAGCACGAAAAGUUCAUUAGAACUAACUUACUAAAGCUUCUGUGA